AUGGGUGGGAGACAGAGUAAGCCAGUGACUCCUUUAGAGGUCAUGUUGAAACACUUUAAGGAGGCAUACCAAUCACAAGAUUAUGGGCAUAAGUGGAGUAGAUUGAAACUAAAAGAAUUCUGUGAGGUGGAUUGGCCUACAUUUGGGUUUGGGUGGCCCUCGAUAGGUACACUGGACAUCCCCACCACAGUGCAGGUACACAGACUGGUCUUUCACCCUACCUUGGGACAUCCAGAUCAGGCACCAUACAUAGAUGUCUGGCUGGAUCUUUUAAAUCACCCACCCCCUUGGUUGCGAAAACUGAAAAUGCAAAGGUGUAAGGCCCUAUUAUUCCGCAAUGUUACUUUGAAAACACUGCGCAGAACUGCGCAGGUACUUCCCAGUUGCCCGGAGGAAGCACCACAUCCUCCACCAUACGUGCCCCCAGGAGGGUUUGAUGAUGGAGAGGAAGAUGAGGAAUCAUCAGGGGUCUCUGGGUUCAUGGCCCAGUUGGAUCAAUUGUCUCCGUACGUAAAAAAGGUAGAUCGUUCAGCUCAGGCUGAUCCUCCCCAACAGGCAUCUUCUACACCGGUGGAGAAAUGGCCUGACCCAAUCCCUCUUGAAAGACUCGAACGGUCUUUGAGUUUGGAUCAGGGGGAGGGGACUUCAUCUGCGACCGAGCCGGUUGCUGCCAGGACUCGGGCUAAAACAGAACAGGCCUCUCUAGUAGCCCCUUUGAGGCAGGUAGAUCAGUUGGCCAUCAACCCUAAAAAGCCCUCUGAGUCCGUUACCCUCUCACUAUUCCAACAUGUGCCUUUCACUUCAUCGGACUUGCUGAACUGGAAGUUACAUUAUGGCCCGUUCAGCGAAAAACCCAUGGAAGUUGCGGAUCUGGUUAAGACAAUAAUGGAUGCCCAUAAUCCCAAUUGGCUAGAUGUCCAACAACUAAUGGGAACGUUGUUCAGUCCGGAGGAAAGGGAGAAAAUUAAGAAUGCAAUUAGUGAGAUAUUAAAGCCUGAUGUCACCCUGUAUCAUUCUUUAACUGACCUCAUGGAUGAGAAAUACCCGUCUAGUAACCCCGACUGGGAUCUUUACACUGACGAGGGAAAAACAAGAUUGAGAGACUACCAGUCCCUAGUGGUGCGGGCCAUCCGCCUUGCAGGAAAGCCUGUGAUUAAUAUGUCAAAGCCUGCCUUAGUGUUGCAAGAACCCACUGAGAGUCCGGAAGCGUUUUACACCCGACUGGUAGAAUCAUACCGCAUGUAUACCCCCAUAGACCCUUCGGCCCCUGAGAAUGCACGUAUGAUGACCAUGGCGUUCAUUUCCCAGAGUGCCCUGGAUAUACGACGUAAAUUGCAACGCCUUGAGGGAGCCCUGGGAAAACCCAUGAGUGAAUUGAUGGAGGUAGCCCGCAAAGUCUUUGCCAAUAGGGACAAAGAGGAAGACAAAAAGAAGGACCAUAAAAUGCAACGAAAGGCUGAAUUACUGGCGGCGGCCAUUGCCUGGCCGUCACGGGGACGGGUCAACCCUCUACGAGGUAUGGGGCCAGGGCCACAGAGGGGAAGGGGAAACAGUCUGCAAAGGGGGGUUAGUUGGGACCUAGGCCCUAAUCAGUGUGCCUUUUGUAAACAACAGGGACACUGGAAGGGGGAAUGUCCCGAAAGGAAUGACAGAGGGAGGUCAGGAGAUAGGGGAGAUUCGCCAAGGAAUCUUACCUUUGCAGUGGAAGAAGAAUGGGACUGAGGCCGACCGGGUUCAGAAAGCCUCCCGGAACCUAUGGUCAGCCUGAAAGUGGGAGGCAAACCCGUCACCUUCUUAGUAGAUACCGGGGCCACCCAGUCUGUCUUAACUCAACCUAUGGCCCAAGCAUCUCGACAGACCAUAAAUAUUCAGGGGGCAACGGGGAAUACAUUACAACGCCCCUUCCUAGAGCCUCUUGAAUGCACUGUGAAGGGACAGGCUAUAACUCACCAGUUCGUUUACAUGCCCGACUGCCCUGUCCCGUUAUUGGGAAGGGACCUGCUAUGUAAACUAAGGGCCCAAAUAUCUUUUGCGGAAGACGGCUCCAUGCAUUUGGGAUAUGGGAAACUCGGUUUCUCCAUACCAAUAGAAGAAUCGUGGCGUCUUAUGGUAGCCAGAACGACGGGACAGGAGACCGAAGAAACGUGGCGGCAGUUUGAAGUUCCUUAUCUAUGGGCAGAAGACAACCCCCCUGGUUUUGCUGCCCACCACCCACCUAUACUGGUGGAAGAAGUACCAACAAAACCUCCUGUUAGAAUCCGUCAGAGGGCAUAUCCCCGUCAUGUGAUGCAAGCCAUACAGGAUAUAAUCGACAUAUACUUGCAACACCACAUUUUAGUGCCUACUGAAUCGCCAUGGAACACACAGAUAUUACCCAUACCGAAAGGGGAUGGCCGCUUUCGCCCGGUCCAGGAUCUGAGGCCCGUUAACCUUGCCACAGUCACCAUUCAUCCAGUAGUCCCCAAUCCAUAUGUAAUACUUGGCUUGAUCCCGCAGGCCGCUCAAUGGUUCUCUGUCAUAGAUCUAAAGGAUGCCUUCUUCACCAUACCCAUACAUGAGCUUAGCCAGCAUUUGUUUGCCUUCGAGUGGGAAAACCCUGCUACAGGUCGGAAACAACAGUAUACUUGGACAAGGCUGCCCCAAGGGUUUAAAAACUCACCUACUUUGUUUGGAACAGCACUGGCCAAGGAUCUGGAAAAUUUACACAUACCAGCCCCUGACUUAGUGUUACAAUAUGUAGAUGACCUAUUAGUGACCGGCCUCACAGAGGACCAUUGUUGGGAAAAUACGAAGGAUUUACUCUCCCUACUCCAAACUUUGGGAUAUAAAGCAUCUAGAAACAAGGCACAAUUAGUAUUACAAAAAGUCAGGUAUCUGGGAUAUGAUAUUGAGCGGGGAAAACGCACCUUGGGUCAUGAGAGGAAGGAAGCUAUAUGCCAACUCCCCAGACCUAUAAAUAAGAAGGACCUGAGGGGAUUUCUGGGGGCAGCUGGGUUUUGUCGUAUAUGGAUCCCCAAAUUUAGCCUCAUUGCAAAACCUCUCUAUGAGGCUACCAAGGGGGCAAAUAGGGAUCCCCUCCAGUGGGGGCCCGAGGAGGAGGCCAGCUUCUGCGCUCUUAAACAGGCCCUGUUGCAGGCCCCGAGUUUAGGCCUCCCUGAUCUGGACAAGCCAUUUCAGCUGUUUGUGGAUACGAAGAAGGAGGUAGCUGUGGGAGUCCUUACUCAAACAAUUGGAUCUUGGCACCGCCCUGUGGCGUAUCUUUCUAAGCAGCUUGACAAUGUAGCAAAAGGAUGGCCUGCUUGCCUGAAGGCGGUGGCAGGAACUGCUCUAUUGACCCAGGAGGCCAACAAGCUGACCUUUGGUCAGCAGUUGGAUAUCUUUACCCCCCAUGCUCUCAAAUCUGUCUUAGAUAUGAAGGGACACUUGUGGCUGACCAACCCCCGCAUGCUUAAGUAUCAGGGGCUUCUCACUCACAACCCUAUGAUUACUCUCACUCAAUCUACUCUUCUUAACCCGGCCACAUUGUUGCCUGAGCCGGACAUGGGUGUACAUCACGAUUGUAUCCAUACCAUUGAGGAGACAUACGCUAGCUGCCCUGACAUGACGGACACACCACUACCCGCUCCUGAUUAUUCCCUGUUCACGGAUGGCACCAGCUUUCUACAGGAGGGAAUGAGAAAGGCAGGAUACGCAGUGGUUACCUUAGAUGAAGUAUGGGAAGCGAAACCACUACCCCCGGGAACUAGUGCGCAACUAGCAGAGUUACAUGCCCUCACACGAGCCUUAGAAUUGGCUAAGGGCCUAGCGGUAAACAUAUAUACAGAUUCCAAGUAUGCUUUCCUAACUGUCCAGGUUCAUGGUGCUCUGUAUAAAGAAAGGGGGCUUAUCACGGCAGGGGGAAAAGAUAUCAAACAUGGCCCUCACAUAUUACGCCUCUUAGACAGUGUUUGGUCCCCAAGUAAAGUGGCGGUUAUGCAUUGUCGUGGACACCAAAAGGUGGUCACGGAUAUUCACAGGGGAAAUGAGCGUGCUGAUAAGUUUGCACGCAAAGCUGCCAUGCUAGAAUUUAUCCCGGAGGAGAGGAACCUUGCAGUUUGGCUGCCAGAUGACAACCCUAAACCCCAUUACUCCUCAGAGGACAGGGACCGUCUGGAUGCUCUCGAGGCACACCCGGACGGUCACUGGUGGGUUUUGCCAGACAACAGAGUAUAUAUUCCCGCACACAUGGCUUGGGAUGUGGUGCGUCAAGUCCACCAACGGCUACACCUAGGAAAGACCGCCCUGACUAAUGUAUGUAUAACAACACAAUAA